UUUAAAAGAGAAAAGAAAAGAGGAAGGCGAAGACCGGUUUGUGCAUUGGACUCUCCGAGGGACACAACAAAGAAACAAGCUUCUGCGUUUUCAAUUCCAAAACGGCGUCGUUUAAUGGGCGAUGAAAAAUCCUCCAUGUCCAUCACCACUAGAGACAGAGAUCGAGAGCUUCUCAUCCCCGUCGCUGACACCGCCGCUGCCGACGCCGCCGCCGCCUCAUCCCACAAGCCCUCCUCCUCCUCCUCUUCCUCCUCGCAUCAUGCUGGACGCGAGACAUUUUACAAAGUUGUUAGAAGCUGGGCAUCGAAAAAGUUCAUGACAGGAUGUGUCAUUCUCUUUCCAAUUGCAAUCACCUUCUAUAUAACAUUUUGGUUUAUUCAUUUCGUGGAUGGAUUCUUCUCUCCAAUUUACGCUCAACUUGGAAUUGAUAUUUUUGGUCUUGGAUUCAUAACUUCCAUAACUUUCAUCUUCUUGGUUGGGGUUUUUAUGUCAUCAUGGUUGGGUGCAUCGGUCCUUGGCCUUGGGGAGUGGUUUAUCAAACGAAUGCCACUUGUUCGUCAUAUUUAUAGUGCUUCCAAGCAGAUUAGUGCUGCUAUCUCUCCAGAUCAAAAUACACAAGCCUUCAAAGAAGUAGCCAUCAUUCGGCAUCCACGUGUUGGAGAAUAUGCAUUUGGAUUCAUCACCUCAUCUGUUAUCCUUCAGAACUAUUCUGGAGAUGAGGAGUUAUGCUGUGUUUAUGUUCCAACAAAUCAUCUUUAUAUCGGUGAUAUAUUUCUUGUUAACACGAAGGAUGUCAUUAGGCCAAAUUUAUCAGUUCGUGAAGGAAUUGAAAUUGUUGUUUCGGGAGGCAUGUCCAUGCCGCAAGUCCUAUCCACGAUUGAUUCACGCAUCACACCUGGGGAUAUAAGUAGAACCAAUAGAAGCUGAGAGUGAAUGACAUAGUAGUUAUUCAUGUUUUAGUUCCUUGGUAUCAUAUGAAGCCAUCAGAAUGAUAAUGCAAUCAUUGUGUUGCGGAUGGAAGUGUUGGAUUUGCUUGAUUGAUUCCAGAGAAAGUGAUAGACUCUGGUGGCUUGUGUAACAUUCGGUUGUGUAAGAAUGUAGAAUUUAGCAUGUUUGACAACCAUACAAAAUUCUAUUCUCUGCUUGGAGUCUCGAAUUUUUACCUGUGUAUAAUCUCCACUUGUUAUAGCAAUUCAAUUUUGUAGUGCUGAGUGAUUGAUGGUUUUGAACUUAAUUUAGUGUUUGUGUUUCUAUGCA